UUGUACAGUUGUACCUCAGGCGUUUCCUGAUCGCUGCAGUGAUGAGUACAGGCAACAUGGCGGGAGCUGGGUGUGCAGUGGAGCUGAAGUGUAUCAGGACGAUGUUUAACAUGUGGGCAGUUUUGAUGUUAGUGGUCUGUCUGCAGGGUGUGAGUGCUGAGAGUGAGAGCAGUGUGCUGACAGUAGCUGAUGCGAACUGGACUCUGAUUCUGCAGGGGGAGUGGAUGGUUAAAUUCUAUGCCCCGUGGUGUCCAGCGUGUCAACAUAUCCAGGCAGACUGGGAGGCCUUUGCCAAACAGAGUCAGAGUAUGGGAGUAUCAGUGGGAAAUGUUGAUGUUACACAACAACCAGGCCUGAGUGGGCGGUUUUUGGUCACAUCACUGCCAACUAUUUUUCAUGCUAAAGAUGGAACCUUCAGGAGAUACAUGUCGUCACGGAAUGCUGAGGACAUCCAAACGUACAUCGCUCAAAAAAAGUGGGAAGCCGUGGAGCCAGUGCCAGGAUGGAAAUCACCAUCAUCUAUACUAAUGUCAGGGAUGGCUGGCCUGUUCCGACUCUCAGUGUGGAUUCGGCAAAUGCAUACAUACCUAACCAACACUCUUGGCAUUCCGUCGUGGGGCUCUUAUGUAAUAUUUGCCAUCGUCACCCUCUUCUUGGGCUUGCUGCUUGGCCUGAUGCUGGUGCUGAUUGCUGACUGUAUUUGCCCGUCUAGGUCUAAGUAUAAAGCGGAGAAAACUGUUGUUUAUCUUAAAGAUGAAGGCUCUGAGGAUGAGGUGGAUGAAAGUCUGACUGAAGAGAGGCGUACGUCUGACCUGGACAUGGAGAGUGAAAAAGUGUCCGGUGAGGAAGAGUCUACCGAAGAUGAAGAAGGCCCCAGCACUACAGCUGCAGCUGGCAGCAGUGAACAGUCAGCAGAAAUUUCAGUUAGAAAGAGGAAAGCGAAAUCAGCGGCCAGUCCAGAGGGAACCUAAUGCUUCAACCAGUAGUGCAAAUCUCAGCGCUUAUGUUUACACCAAAAAGUCAAAUGUUGCAUUUCAAAUGCAAAGCUGGAUGCUGGGCUAUAAGUGCCGAACGUUUUUUCUUAGAUGUUUUGUGUUUACAAACAGUGUAACUCCGCCCGUCUUUGUUUCUGUUCAGACUCCAUCCAUGAAAGCUGCAGUAUUGUCGUGUGUAGUGAAAAAAAACCUGUAAAAAUAGUGGCCAAGGACAUAUCACCAAGCAAGAGACUGGAAUAGUCCUGAAGUGGAUAUAUAACAUGUUGUAAUGUAUACAUGUAUUUUAAGAAGCACCAAAAGCAAUUUUAAGCAAUUUCUGUUCUGUUUAUUAUGUUUUUUAUGUUUGUAUGAAUUUAAUGCAGUAUGUUUGUGCUUGACAAUGUUAUACAUAACAUGAGUGAGCAAGAAUGGUAAAAAACGCAUAGCUAAGCUAAUCCUAACCUGUUUGUGCAGCCAAAUUUAAUUACAUUGUCUUACCUACAGUUAUAGAUAAUGCUAGUGACAUUAAUUUAAAUACUGGAGGCCGCUCGGGUGGCGCAGCAGGUAAGGAGGCUUGGCCAAGGCCCUGCGAUGGAUUGACGUCCUGUCUGGGGUGUGAUACUGCAUUCUGCCUAGUGAUUCCGGAAGAACUGGACUCGCCAUGACCCUGAACAGGAUAAAGCAGUGGUAAAACAUGAAAAUAAAAUGAAAACAUGACAGGAAUAAGUGGUUGCUAAUGUUAUUCAAUUGUAUUUUAAUUAUGUUUGCUUAUUGGAACAUUUCAUGAGAAGGUAUGGGUCUAGAUAUGCUGAAUGAUUAAAAACUGUAAAAUAAAAGCAUAAAGCAGUGA